AUGGCCUCUCCUAGCGUUCUCACCUUUGACGCUGAGGGUCGGGCAGUGGACUUUGAGGUCUGGGUAGAUGAUCUGCAGCUUUUCCUGCAGUGCGAUAGGGCAGACGGCCUCUCCCUGUUUGACCUCACUUCUGGUGCCUCCCCUGCCCUUGCUGCUGAUGCUGACGCCACUAUUCGCUCACAGUGGGCCACGCGUGAUGCUGCUACUCGCCUUGUUGUGCGCCGCCACUUACCGACCACUGAGCGUGCACACUUUAGCCAGUACAAGAGUGCUCAUACCUUGUACGACGCUGUAGUUGCACGCUACUCUUCCCCUGCCACUGCUGCACUGAGCCGCCUCAUGCUACCGUACCUCUUCCCUGACCUUGCUGCCUUUCCCACUGUUGUUGACCUCAUUACGCACCUCCGCACUAGUGACAUUCGCUACUGCGCUGCGCUUCCUGCUGAGGACCACUUCCUCUCUGUUUGCCCCACCACUCUCACCGUUGACCUCCUCGAGAAGGCCCUCCUAGCGAUAGAGAAGAGCAUAGUCGAUGUAGGAGCCUUUCGUGGUGACCCUCGCACCCCCGUCUUUGAGGGGUGUUCUCCCUCCCCCCUCUUGCCCUCUGUUGCCUCUACUGCUGCGGCCGACCUCGUUGGUUUCGAGUCGGUCGGCGUUGCGUCUGCCCCGAGCGGGAGACGCCGCACCGGCAAGGGCAAGGGUGGCAAGGGCACUGGAGGGGCUGAAGGGAGCGGUGGAGGUGGUGGUGGAGGCGGUGAAGGGAGUGGGGGUGGUGGUAUGAGUGGUGCUGGGGGUGGCGGCGGCGGCGGCAGCAGUGGAGGCGGCGGAGGCGGUGGAGGUGGCCGAGGGAGCAGAGGCGGCGCAGGUAGUGGAGGAGGCGGAGGUGGAGGAGGCGGCGGAGGCGUCGGCGGCGGCGGAGGCGGCGGUGGUGGAGCGAGUCGCGACUCUGCGCAGCGGAGUGGCGCCGGUGGUGUUGAUACUAGUCUUGCUGGUGACUGUUACCUAUGUGUUCCUCCUGACCCGGGCAUUGAGGCUGCUGCUCUAGGUGCUGGUGAGGCUGCUGCUCUAGGUACUAGUGCGUCUGCUGCCCCAGGUGCCAGUGCGUCUGCCGCCCCAGGUGCUGGUGAGUUUGCUCUCUCAGGAACUACGCCGGCUCAGGCCAUCCACACCUUCACCCUUGACUCGGGUGCGUUCCGCUCCUUCUUUCGAGACCGCACCACUCUUACGCCGCUCAGUCCGCCGGUUGCAGUCUCCCUGGCAGAUCCCUCUGGGGGUCCUGUCCUUGCUAGCUUCUCCACUGUCCUUCCGUGCCCGGCAGCCCCCUCUGGCACUAUGUCUGGUCUCUACCUCCCCUCGUUCUCUACGAACUUGGUGAGUGGAGCGGACCUACAGGAUAGGGGGGUUGACCAGUUCACUCCUGCGAGUCAGCGAGUGACCCACAGCACGUGUCCUCUGACAGGCCGACACUUGGCCACGUUCACCCGUCGACCAGGGUCGAGCGUGUACACCCUUACUACUGAGUCUCCUCCUACUGCUGAGUCUGCCCAAGUAGCUGCGUCAAGUCAGACUCUCCUUUGGCACCACCGCCUUGGUCACCCCUCCUUGCCUCGUCUUCGAGGCAUGGCCUCCCGUGUCCUUGUCUCUGGUCUCCCUCAGUCUCUCCCUCCCCUUCCUCCGGGGCCUGGCCCUACCUGCGUCCCCUGCGUCGAGGGGCGACAGCGCGCCGCCCCUCACUCCUCCGAGUUUCCUCCGACAGAGGCUCCGCUGCAAACUCUCCACAUGGACGUGUGGGGCCCAGCCCGCGUCAGUGGGCAGGGGCGAGAGCAAGGCAGGGAGUUUUCCUCUGCCCGUCUGGGAGCCUUUUGUCGUGCACAGGGCAUCCGCCAGACCUUCACGCUUCCGGCCUCUCCACAGCAAAAUGGGAUUGCUGAGCGCCGCAUUGGCAUGGUCAUGGACGUCGCUCGUACGUCCAUGAUGCAUGCGGCUGCCCCCCAUUUUCUAUGGCCGUUUGCGGUUCAGUACGCCGCGCAUCAGCUCAACCUUCAGCCCCGGGUCUCCUUGCCAGAGACCUCCCCCGCCUUGCGUUUUACCACCCCACCUCGCGCCGUGUUCUGUCCUCCCAGGACGUCACCUUUGACGAGUCGGUGCCUUACGACCGUCUCUUCCCCUACCACACUGCGCCCCCCCCCCCCCCCCCCGCCGCCGCUCUUCCUUGCGCCGGGUCCUCCCCAGUUUGACCCCCUUCCCCCUCAGGAUCCUGACCCGUCAGGUGUGUCCCAGGUAGACGCACUCGAGCCUGUCGAGGUGGCUGGUGACUCUGGUACUGCUAGAGGUGCUGAGCCUGCGGGUGCCGGGUCAGGGGGUGCUGAGUCUGGGGGUGCUGAGACUAGGGGUGCUGAGCCUGGGGGUGCUGAGUCUAGGGGUGCUGAGCCAGGGGGUGCUGAUCCAUGGGGUGCGGAGCGUAGGGGUGUGGAGCCUAGGGGUGCUGGGUCUGCUCGUGUGGCCGCCGGCGGUACUUCGUCGAGGCGGGAGCCGCUCUCUCCACAGGAGCUGCGCGAGUGGUUCGCCUGCCGCUGGAGACGUGCUGUUGAGUCUGGGGGUGCUGCUGAAGCUACUGGAGGUGGUCCUACUGGAGCUGCUGUCGGUGCUGGUGCUGCUGGAGGUGGAGCUACUGGGGGUGUUGGCGCUGGUGUUUCUACUGGUGCUGGUGCGUCUGGGGGUGCUGCUGAGGCUACUGGUGCUGACGGUCCUACUGGAGUUGGUGCAGCUGGAGCUGGAGCUGCUGGGGGUGUUGGCGCUGGCGGUGCUGCUGGCGCUGCUGCUUCUGAGGGUGCUAGAGUUGGCGCUGUUGAAGUUGGAGGUGCUGCUGGCGCUGGUGCUGCCGCAGGGGGUACUGGUGCCGUCCUUGCUGGUUCUAGAGGCGCUGAGCGGCCGAGGCCGUACGUCUCGCAGUCACAGUUCCAGCCCGCCUCCCCUCUACUUGCUCCUUCUCCCUACACUGGUCCUACUGGAGGUCUUGCUGAGCGUCGUGAGCCUGCGUCUCGUCCUGCGUCGCCUGUUCGUGCUGCUCGCACUAGUCGUCGUGCUCCGCGUCCGCGUCCUCCUGCGGUUCCCUUCACACACCAGAUGGCACUGCGUCCUUCCACUGCUCCUCUGCGUGUCCCGUUGCCGUCUCCUCCACAAUCCUCUCUUCCUUCUCUUGCUGACCCGGAGUCUGACUCCCUUCGUGCUGCUAGUCCUUCGCUCACACGCCUUCUUGCUACUGUUGUCACUGACCCUUCCUUUGAGUCCACUGCUGCGUCUGCCCUAGUUCCUGAGCUUGUCGACUUCGCUGCUCACUGUCGUCUAGACUACGCUGCUAGUCUCGUUGCUGAGUCUGAGUCUGUCUGUCUUGCGUCCGUCAGGGAUGAGUGUGCUCUUAGCACGGACGUCCUUGAGGACAGGCACGAGGAGUUCCAGCACCUACGUCGACGAGGUUCCUGGAAGUCCACAGGCACCUACGUCGACGAGGUUCCCCCACCUGGGGCGAACAUCGUCAGUGGCAUGUGGAUUUUCAGGGUGAAGCGGCCGCCGGGUUCUCCACCAGUCUUCAAGGCGCGUUAUGUGGCUCGAGGCUUCAGUCAGCCGCAGGGAGUUGACUACUUUCAGACCUUCUCUCCCACCCCGAAGAUGACCACUCUUCGGGUGCUGCUGCACAUAGCCGCUCAGCGCGACUACGAGCUUCACUCUCUUGACUUCAGCACAGCUUUCCUGCACGGCAGCCUGCACGAGGAGAUCUGGCUGCGCUGCCCUCCUAGCUUAAAUGGGUCGUUUCCUCCUGGUACCCAGUGUAGCCUCUGGCGGCCAGUCUACGGUCUCCGCCAGGCGCCCCAUGAGUGGCACGACACACUGAGGGCUACACUUGCGGCUCUUGGGUUUGCUCCUUCUAUUGCCGACCCGUCGCUGAUUCUGCGCACCAACACCUCUUUGCCGCCGUUCUACAUCCUCGUGUACGUCGACGACUUGGUCUUUGCCACUGCUGACACUGCUGGACUCGCCCACGUGAAGUCCGAGCUGCAGAAGAGACACACGUGCACAAACCUGGGUGAACUGCGCAGCUACCUUGGCUUGCAGAUCACCUGGGACAGAGCACAGCGCACCAUUACCCUGACUCAGUCACACAUGGUGCAGCAGGUCCUUCAGCGCUUUGGCUUCGCGUACUCCUCGCCUCAGGCCACUCCUCUGUCUACUCGCCACUCGCUCUCAGCUCUGCCUUCGGAUGAGUCCGAUAGAGUCAACUGUGAGGCUGAGAUCUACGCAGGGGCCAUGGCUGCACAGGAGCUACGCUGGCUCACCUACCUGCUGACUGACCUAGGAGAGCCGCCUCGUUCUCCUCGAGUUCUGUACGUAGACAACAAGGCCAUGCUGGCCUUGUGUCGGGAGCACAGACUGGAGCACAGAACGAAGCACAUUGCUUUCCGCUGCUUCCUGGCUAGUGAGCUGCAGCAGUGUGGUCAGCUCUGCCUCACCUACGUGGCCUCUGAGGUCAACACUGCUGAUAGCGUCACCAAGGCCCUUCCGCCUUGUGAUCAUCAGCGCUUCUGUACUUUGCUAGGUCUUGUGCCCACCUGGCCUCACUUGCUGAAUUCUUGA